UACCUUCUUCUCACAAUCAGACCCUUCAUUGCUUCCCACACACUUACUUUUGUCCUACCAGGUACUAUGACCCCCGGUACAUGACCAGGGAGCAGGGUCAGAUGUUGAUCAUCCCACGUGUGAGGGAGUUAGACAAUGGAGAGUACUGCUGCAUUGCAAGUAAUGGUAUUGGAGAGCCAGCCAAGAGUUGUGGAGCGCUGCAGCUUAAGAUGAAGCCACAGAUUAAACGCCACCCUACCAAUGUGACCCUUCUGAUAGAAUCCAAGGCAGUUUUGCCUUGUGUCACACUUGGUAACCCCAAACCUGAUGUCACCUGGCUAAAAGAUGAUGAGCUCAUCAAGAUCACUGACCGUGUCACCAUUCUUGACUAUGGUGCACUGAAGAUACAUAACAUCCAGAAGGAGGAUGCUGGACAGUAUCGCUGUGUCGCCAGGAACAGCUUUGGUUUGGCCUUUUCAAAGCCUGUAACCAUAGAGGUCCAGGCCCCUGCACGAAUCCUACGAGUUCCAAAGGAAAAGAGGGUUGCAUAUGGAAGCCAGAUUUCCCUGGAGUGUAACGCCACUGGAAACCCAAUCCCCACCAUCACCUGGCUUGAAAACGGGAAUACUAUCUCAGGAGCAUCAGUUGAGGAGACUUUGACAGGAGAAGUAAUCCUGUCGGUUCUUAAGGUGACAGUGAAUAAGCCUGCUCUGUACACGUGUUUGGCCUCCAACAGACACAGCGCAGGAGCCAACACAGUGAAGGCAACUGCAAGAGUCACUGUGGCAGAAUGGAGACUCUACAAGGGCAUCUCAGGUUACUGCAGUGCAUACCGAGGAGAUGUCUGUCGUAACAACCUGCAGGAUGAUCUCCUGGUUUUCUUCAAUUCCUCCCUAUCGGACCCCGAGGACAUGCAGGAGUACCUGGUUCAGAGCUGGUGGACAGAGCUGGAGGGACUCAGUAUGCUGUGUAGCCCUGCAAUACGCUCACUGCUCUGCCACUCCUCUUUCCCUGACUGCAACCCAUCAGGGUUAGGACCGGCACCCAAACCUGUCUGCAGAGAGCACUGCCUGGCAGUAAAGGAACUGUACUGCCACAAGGAGUGGAUGAUGCUUGAGGGCAGCAGCUCAGUCCAGCCUGGCUUCUUCAGCUCUCUAACUGGAUCUCACAAACCAAAUUCAUUGCUGCCCAACUGUCAGGCUUUGCCAAGUCUUCACACAGACCCUGAUGCUUGUACACAUGUCCCUUUUGUAGACAUCAAGAGGGAUCAAAUUACAACAACCUGUUACAAUGACAGAGGCCGUUUCUACCAAGGCCACAUUAAUGUGACAAGGUCUGGGACACCGUGUCAGUCAUGGAGCCAACAGGUUCCCCAUCAGCACCGCCUGUCUGUGGAUGUGAUUCCAGAGUUGAAGAACUCAGACAAUUUCUGUCGGAAUCCCGGAGGAAUCAGUGACAAGCCGUGGUGUUUCACUUCUAAUCCCAAUAUACGCUGGGAGUACUGUCUUGUGCCACAGUGUGGAGAGAUGAGCAUGGUACCAGUGAUGAAAUCUGAAGCACCAGGCCCGCGUCAGACGACUCGCCUCCCACCAAUGUCAUCGUCUCCAGCUUACUCCAUGUCUGUCAUCGUCAUCGCCCUAACAUCAAUCGCAGUUGCUGUCUUCCUCACUAUCGUCAUCCUUGCCUGCCGCAGACAAAGGAAGCAGUGGAGAAACCGGAAGAGAGCCAUGGAGACCCCAACACUGAGUGCUCUUCCCUCAGAGCUCCUCCUGGAUCGACUCCACCCUAACCCCAUGUACCAGAGGGUUCCCCUGCUACUGAACUCAAAGCUGCUGGCCCUGGAGUAUCCCAGGAAUAAUAUCCAAUAUGUUAGAGAUAUUGGAGAGGGAGCCUUUGGACGGGUUUUCCAAGCCAGAGCACCUGGCCUGCUGCCAAUGGAGUCUUUCACAAUGGUGGCUGUGAAGAUGCUGAAGGAGGAAGCCUCAGCUGACAUGCAGAAUGACUUUCAGAGAGAGGCUGCACUGAUGGCCGAGUUUGACCAUCCAAACAUCGUACGACUCUUAGGUGUGUGUGCAGUGGGUAAACCCAUGUGUCUGAUGUUUGAGUACAUGGCCCACGGGGACCUCAAUGAGUUCCUGCGCCGGAGAUCUCCGUCACAAUCUGUACGCACCCUCAGCCGCGCCAGCCUGUCAGGACGCAGUUUUUCCCUGGAGAUGGAAGCUGUGUCUCUCUCCUGCACUGAGCAGUUAUCGAUUUCUAAGCAGAUAGCGGCAGGAAUGGCCUACCUAUCAGAGCGCAAGUUCGUCCAUCGUGACCUUGCAACCAGAAACUGCUUAGUCGGGGAGGAUAUGAUUGUGAAGAUCGCUGACUUUGGCCUCUCCAGGAACAUCUAUUCAGCAGAUUACUACAAAGCCAAUGAGAAUGAUGCCAUCCCCAUUCGCUGGAUGCCCCCAGAGUCGAUUUUCUACAACCGCUACACCACUGAAUCAGACGUGUGGGCCUACGGUGUGGUGUUAUGGGAGAUUUUCUCCAAUGGCAUGCAGCCGUACUAUGGAAUGGGUCAUGAGGAGGUUAUCUAUUAUGUGCGUGAUGGUCAUAUCCUCUCCUGUCCCGAGAACUGUCCUCUGGAGCUGUACAAUCUGAUGAGGCUCUGUUGGAGCACACACCCUUCAGAUAGACCAAGCUUCAGCAGUAUACAUCGAAUACUGGAACGUAUGCAUCAGAACACGUUAAGCGUGAAUGCUGAAACUGAGGCAGACUGCUAACCACAGAACUUUUCAGUCAUUGUGAUUCAUUUCUUUCACGUCAGACAGUUGGAUUUCUUUUAUUAUGUCUUCAUUUUAAGCUUUAAAGCCGUCACAAACAGGGUGAGAACUACAAAUAUACUUUUUAUAAAGAGAAUGCAACAAAAUUUCUUCUUCAGCAACCAAUAAAAAAAUGAACGGUCACCUCUGAUUCCACAGUGGCACACACUCACUUUAAAGCAUUACUGUUGAUUGUUUUAAUAGACAAGUCGCUAUUCCAUUUUUGGGGCAUUUUUAUGUUAAUUCUGUGUCGUUUAUUUAAUCUGUUAUUGGUUUUUGUCUUUCUCUUGUUAAUAAAAAUAUCUUAUUAAACUUAAUACUAUCCAAAUUCACCUGACAAGGCCAAAGUCCUAUUUCAAGAAACUAAAAGCCAGCAAAAAAUAACACCCGAAUUGCGUCAACACGCAGUACAAAAUGGGGUACGAAAAAAAAUAUUAUUAACCUUCUUGAAACAAGAAUAAUGUCCUUAUUCAAUUUUUGAUCAAAUUAAAACGUUUUUUUCUAUCAAAAGUAUUUUUAAGUACAUUCUGCUGGACUGGUCAGGUCAGUGUGACUUGUAUUAAGUUUGAUGAGAUACUUUUUUUUUUUAUUAGAAAUUAUACAAAAAAUACUUGCUUGGUUUUGAGUUUUUGCAGUGCAGAAACCUUGAGCAGAACCAGACUCAUUGGUGUACUGCCAUCUGCCAGAACUUGAUGGACUUGAUGAAAAAAAGUGGCAGUUUUGUUUGUGACUUACGGUCAACACUUCCCCAAUGUUCAAAAGUAUCCUCAUUAUCAAAAUUAAUAAAUAAGCAUAAUGUCAGAAGUGACCCAAGGAUACAAACUCUCCUUCUGGUCAAGCUUGGCCCUCUGGUUUCAUUUAAACUGAGGCAAAUUUAAUGGGGCAUAUUAUUUCACACUUUCAGUACCAUCAGCACACUGUCGUUCAUUUUAUGUGACAUAUUCGGUUUACUCAAAACUCUGUCUUGACUUUAUUUGGUGAAGAUAAUACAAGGAAAUUUUUUUAUAAAUGAGAGAAAAUGUUUAUGAUAUCAAAUAUAAAUAUUUCACAUAAAUGUUUAAAUCCUUUAUAAAUUAUGUGUGAUGUUAACCUUUUGUUAUUUGUUACGCAACAUACUGA